AUGGGACAGGGACCUUCAACGCCUAAGAUAACGGCUCAAGACAGGGCUAUAUUUCAAAUGAAACAACAGAGAGAUAAGUUGAAACAGUAUCAAAAACGUAUUAAUACCACUAUUCAAAGACAAAAUGAUUUAGCUAAAGAAGCCAUUAAGAAAGGAGAAACUGAUAGAGCAAAGUUCUAUUUAAGAUCCAAAAAACAUCAACAAUCAGUUAUCACCAAAACAUAUGAUCAAUUAGAUAACCUUGAAAACUUGAUAGGAACCAUAGAAUUCAAGUUGAUUGAAAAGGAUGUAAUUUAUGGGUUAACUGAAGGUAAUAAAGUAUUGAAUAAGUUGAAUACCGAAAUGAGUGUUGAUAAGAUCGAUAAGAUACUAGACGACUUGGAGGAUCACAAGUUAAGGGUAGAUGAAGUAAGUGAUUUGUUGGGAGCAGGAAAUUUGAGUAAUAAUGAGGAAUUCGAAGUUGAUGAAGAAUUAGAAAAGUUGAAUCAAGAAAUCAAUGGUAAGGAAUCGAUCAACUUACCAGAUGCACCCAAUGAUAAGAUACAGACCUUACCUGAUGUUCCAAGCAAGAUCGAACCCGAGAAAUCAGAAGUGGAUGAAUCACAAGAACCAGAAGGUGCUAAUCCUAUUGCGGCUUAG